CAUAGACACAGUGUCUAUGUAUACCACAUAGAGAUACACGCAUAGAGUAUCCAACAACAAACAAAUAUACCUCUAGGUUGUGUGUCUGUUGAACAAAAAAGAUAUACUGACUCUGCUAUACAGGUCUUGCUCGAUAAAUUGGCAAAAAAUGAAUUGCAAUUAUCUUUGAUUUCUCCGAUCCAAAUAUAUCCGAAAAAUUGACCCCAUCCAGGAUUCGAAAAUGAACGACGAUCAACAACGAGCAUCACCACCAAACACACCGCCACCAUUGUCGAUCGACAUUAAACCCUCGAUCAUUUCAUUUGAGGACGACGACGACGAUGUUGAUGACGAAAUGUACAACGACCACGGCAACGGUGAUGAGCAUUCGAAUAGUAUUCACUAUGAUAUUAUCAACUCUGAAGAUGAAUUCAGUCUGCCUGAUGAUUCACAAGAUCAUCAUAAUCACGAGCAUUUCAUUUCCCGUAAUCAAUCCAUUGAAAAUAUUCGAUCCGAAAUCGAUAAUAUUUUGGUUGUGUUAGACGAUAACCAAAAAGCAAUUGCUCCCAUUCAUCACUCAACAGAUAACCAAUCUGACAAUGAUGAUGAUGAUGGCAUAAUGGAAGAAUGUCAGCAAAUAAUCCGUCAUCAUUAUAUGCAUCGAUUUUGUCGAUCGCUAAAUGAACAGGAUCAGACGCGAUAUUCGGAAAUAAAUUUACAAUUUUUGAAUAAUUUGCUAGGACAGGACAUUGUCUGCUUUUGUGGCCGGCAAUUUCCCUAUCGAAACCGUCAGCCAUUUUAUCAACAUCUAGUCAUCGAACAUGGAACCCAAUAUUACCAAUGUACAUUAUGUCCGGGCAAAUUUUUUCAAACAUUCGAUGAUUGGCUUGAGCAUCUCAAGCGUGAUGAUGGCCUAGCAACAACCUCCAGCGAAAAUGAAGAAAUUUUGCGAUACUUAGAGAAUGAUAAAAUACAAAAACUACGCUUAUGGGUGGACGAAUUUUAUAGGCAAACAAUAUCAAUGCAAUUAUUAUUCAUGGACGGUUAUCCUUAUAAGUGGUGCACAAUGUGCACAAUCUAUCAACAUCAUCUGGCAAUCGUUCCACAUAUCCAACAAUUGCCUCUCCACCCCAACAAACCUCCUCACAGUCUUGAUUUCAAUAGUGAAUUUGAAAAAAGAUUUGAUCAUCAAUGCAAACAUCUAUGUUAUUAUCGCUAUGUUUGUACCGAUUGUCUGCAGAAAUAUCAGUCAACAACUAGUCAACAUCCAGAUGACGAAACAAACGAUUUAUUAUCCAUGAGAACGUAUGAAAAUUGCCAAUUAUUAUCAGAUAUCAAUCACUAUCAACAGAUGUUUCUAUCACUCAUAUCGGCCACAACAAUUCGUCAACAUUUUCAAUUGAAACAUUCAUCCUCAUCAUGCAAAUUGUCGACCGUUUCAUUCAAAAGGUGGAUGUCAGUCGAUUCGUUGGAAUAUCAGUUGAGAAAAUGUUAUGGCCAUUAUGGCUGGAAUUUCGAUGGGGAACGUGAAUCAUACGAAUUCAAUGAUAUCAGACAUUUACUCCAAACACAUUUGCUAAGAAAACGCAAAACGAAACCAUUCAUAAAUGUGAUGACCGAUAAUAAAUCCGAAUGGAUUCGAAAAUUAUAUCAACACUAUACUUAUUGCUCUGCAACAGUCAGGCCCACCAUAUCUCACAAACAUAUUGAACAAGUGUUGUGGCAUGUCAGUCAUUUAACAAAAGAACAAUCAAAUUCAACCGGAAGGAUUUGUACUUGGGAAGGAUGUGAAAAUAUUUUGAAAACUUUGCAGCCAAUUCACCUGCACAAUCUAGUUGUUUCAAACUUGAUGAAACACACCAUUCAACGAAAAAUAUACCUUAUGAUUGAGGAGAUUCAUUCGCAAAUGAAACAAUUGCGUAUUGAGUUUUCCAAUGAACAAAUGAUCAAUGUUUGUAUUCAUACUCUAAUCCAAAUGUAUCGAUGGAUGAGUGAAUCGUUUCGACGACAAAUCAAACCGAUGGAUGAAGAAAACCGAGCAAUCUAUCACCUACAGCAGCAUCCCAACUAUCUAAUCGAAUUAAUGUUUGAAAUAUGUUCGAAAUGUAACAUUCCACCUAGUAUGGAAUCAUCCAAGAAAUUUACGGAAGAAACAAAUGAUGAAUCCUUAGUCGGAACUGAUGAAAACGAUGAUGGUUGUUCGAUUGAUAGUGGCAUUCAAUUGAGUCCACGAUUCGAAAAACAACUGAUCCAAUUGGCCGGACCAAUAGGUAUUGACCCUUUACCACAAACAAACAUGAUUACCAAUCAAGGCAAAUUGAAACAUUUGAAAACAAACCAACUAUCACAGUUUAUACAGCAAAUUGUAUUGGAUAAUUACUUCCAUUCAAUACGACCAAUCGUGGCUUAUGAUCAAAUAUCCAAAUCGAAAAGUGAAUCCAAUUUACAUCACUUUCAACAUGAGUUGAAUCUCAUGGGCAGCAGUGGAAAUGAUCCGAUCGAUCAAUUAUAUGAUGACAGUGAUGAUGUACAAUCCCCAUCAUUGUUAGACCAGGAAAAAAUGUCAUCCUACAUGAAACGAUAUCUGCGUUUAAUCGAUAUUUAUGAUUAUUCACUGGAAAAAGAAUUGACUGAAUGCGGACCAGGAUGCUCAAUGGAUAAUAACAAUAAUGACGAGCAUUGCAUCAAUCGAGAUAUUGUUGGUGACAAUCAAUUGUUCACUGAAAAAGCCAACCCCAGUAAUGAUGAUGCGACAUUGAUUCGACGAAAAUCGAAAUGCAAAAAACCAUUAAAACAACAAAAACAAUCAAUGCUUAGCUAUCAAAACAAACAAUCAGGCAAAAUGAAUAGAUCAAAGCGACAUAGUCAUCAUCACCAUCGAAGUCAUCACCAUGGUGUCAUUAUUGAUAAUGAUCAUCAUCAAUAUGAUCCAAUCUUUACCACCAAAACCAUUAUUGGUGAGGAUCAUUAUUCAUCGUUGGCAGUAAAAAGUUUAUUACAAUCCAAUACAGCAACAUUGGCUGCUCAAAUAUCAUCAUCAUCGUCAUCGACUUCGGAAUCGUCAGCAUCCGAAUCAUCAUCAACAUCGUCGCCAUCAUCCUCAUCCUCGUCGUCUUCGUCGACAUCCGACUCGUCGUCAUCAUCGAAUUGCUCCACAUCGAAUUCCUCAUCGAAUUCGUCCGAAUCAUCAUCAUCUAGUUCAUCGUCCACAACGACGGCAUCAUCAUCAACACGGUCGGAUAUUGGGAGCUGUUAUCUGCAGGAUAUAAGUCCCGAUCAGAUAAAUUCUGUAUUCGAUCCGGAAACAAGUUUAGCACUGUGUUGUUUGAGACAGCUCAAAGAAGGCGAAUCCACCAGUCAUAAUAACCUUGACAAACAUUUCUCAUCCAAACGUGACCAAAAAGAGCAAUCACCACCACCAACCAAGAUAACGACUAGGAAAAAUUCGCCAAAAACCAUGACCGAAACUAAAUUCGAGAAAAAACAUUUUGAUUAUCAUGGUGGUCCGCCGCCACGGCAACCAAGCGAUGAUGAUGAAAAAGAUUCAUUCUCAGAUGUUGAAGAUAUUUUCCCCUCUACUUUAACCCCACCGCCAUCAUCGACAAGAUUGACUACCACAAUAGUACCUGUCAUUGAUGAGGACUGCAAUGAUGAAAAAUCAAAAUUAUCAUCUGGUCAUAGUAAUUCGCCAUUACCGCCAAUGAUCACCACGACUAUGAUGAACAUCCACCACCCUGAAACGAAUAUCAAAGUUAAUCCACUGCCAAUGGCAUCACCACCACUACCACCUAGUUCGACACCAUCCAAUAAUGAAGAUGAUCAUCAACAACAUGAGACCAUCAAUUCAAUGCAGAUCAAUCGUAUCCUAGAUGAAGCUAAAUCAAUUGAUAAUUGUAAUGGGACUAUCAUCCAACAACAGCAUUUAGCACUCGAUCAUAAUAGUGAAAAAGAUUUCUCUACUUGUUCGCCAUUAACAUCAUCUGGUUCAAGUGGCAAUAUUAUCGAUAACCCAUCACAACAUAUCAAUAAUCAACAUUCAUCCACUAAUAUGCCAAGAAAAGCUAAAUGUCCAUCAGAUCAAACAACAUCACCAUCUAAUUUGAAUUGGGAUCAAAAACAAUCUUUGCCUUCCAAUAAUAAUCAAUCCGCAAACAGUAAUGAAGCCAAUAAUAAUUCCAUGAUGAUAUCCAAAGCUAUUCAAAUAUCACCCAUUCAUCAGCAAUAUCUAUUUCCAAAGCGAUCUCUGCCAGAUGAUCAACAACAACAACAACAACAAUCAUCCACUAAUAAACGUAUACGUACUAGUGCCACCACCUCCAAUACUAAUCAUAAUGAUAAUUCCAUCCACAAAAACACAUCAGAUAUCAUAACGCCAUCCAUGUCACCAUUCCAACAACAACAACAGCGACCAUUACCACCGGUUCAAGAAGUAUUGCAGCAAAUUGGUCACGAGCAACCACAACAUUCGUCAUCAUCCACAAUGAUGGUGGCAAAUUAUUCUGGCCAAUCAUCAUCAUACAUCAAUCAUUAUAAUGCCACACAAUCCGCAAUCGAUUCAUCCAAUAAUUCAAUAUUGCGCCAAUCAUUACGCCAACGAAAUGAAGCAUCAUGGAAUGCAUGGAAUUCUGGACAACAAAUUGAUUGCAAUGCCAUGACAGAAUCCAAUUGGAAUAAUCAACAACAACCGAUAUGCUUGGCCAACAACAAUAAUUCCAUUGGUUAUUAUUAUGCAAGUGGACAACAACCAUCCUUGUCAACCAAUGCUGGAUCAUCAAUGUAUGCUCAAACCGCAACUUCAUCAACGGCCACAAGAACUGCCAAUAAUAAUCAAUUACCGGUUUAUAAUGCCAAUAAUCAUAAUCAGUAUCCGGAUCAACAGUAUCAGCCAAAUCAAUAUUGUCAAUCAUCAAUCAUGGCUGCUGGUGGUGGGGGUGGCUAUCACCGUCAUUCAUCGUCAUUGCCAUCAGGUAUUGUCGCUGCCAAUAAUACCCCUCCUAUAUCUAGUUCACCUUGGAUAAAUAAUACAUCGAUGGCUCCGCCUUUACCCCCUCCUACUUUGGGUGUUACGAAUGCUAUCGGAUCAUCAUAUGGACAAUAUUCCUAUGGACAAUCGCCGAUGGCUAUUAAUGAUUUAUCAUCGAUGCAACAGUCGGUUGCAAUGAAUGUUCCUGCAACCCCAUCUGGUGGUAGUGAUGAUGGUGAUGAAGCGGAUGAUGAUGGCGAUGAAGAUGGAGAUAACGGCGAUGAUGAUCACCAAGUUGAUCGUGAUAUAAUUGAAUAUAGUCAUAAUUUAUCGAGAGCACUGAAUGCAGGUAAUGUUAUGGGAUUAUCCAAUCAACAACAACAGCCGAUUGCUCAUUAUUCGCAAUAUGAUCCGAUUGCUCAACAACAGUCAUCAGCCUAUUAUCAACCACAAGGCCCAUCAUCAUCAUCGACAAGAAUCCAUUCACCAUCCAUACAUCGGACGAUCACAUCGGCUAAAGUGACAGCAGAAUCAUCAUCGUGUCAUGAGCAAUUGCCUUAUGCUAUCAAUUAAUCAAUCAAUCAAGGAAUCUUAAUCUUUUAUUCCACACACAUGUUA